GCCAAAAUGUCAUUGCAACAAUUAGCAGCAGCAUGCACGCGCCCUGUCCCGCAGACUGGACAAUUAGCGCCCACUGCAGCCCCGGUAAGCUGACCCCAACACUUAGCAGCCGCAGCGUGUUAUAAUUAAUUCCGGAGGGAGACAAUUCUCGUGCCACGGAAUGGACCGAUGCGAUUGGUUAACCGUCCUUCAGGUUUAAUAUAUAUACAAUGUUGUAUGAAAAAUUUCAUAUCAACAAAUUUCAUUCAAACAAGAUGGAGAAUACUUUCAAUUUUCCAGACAUACUAGAAGAGAACAGCUUACAAAUUCCCGAACAAAAUUAUUCAUCCGAAGAAACAAAUGAAUCAACAAACAUAAAAGGGUUCUCCGCUAGUGGCGUGAAUCAGCUGGGUGGGACGUUUAUCAACGGCCGACCGCUGCCAGAGAGUAUCCGUCAAAUGAUCCUGAAGCUGCAUCAUGAUGGCGUCAAGUCGUCCGAGAUUUCCCGUGUCACGAAAGUCUCGCACGGCUGUGUGAGCAAGCUGUUAAACCGAUACCAGAACACUGGAUCUAUCGCCCCCUCCAUCGCCGGCGGAUCCAAACCGAAGGUCUCCACUGAUGCCGUCAUAGACAUGGUCGUCAAAUACAAGACGGAAAAUCCUGAGAUGUUUGCGCGGGAAAUUAGACAACUUCUCAUCCAAAAUGGCGUCUGCUCAGAACAAAACGUUCCCAGCGUUAGUUCUGUAAAUCGAAUUUUAAGACGAAACGAUUUGGGGACAAAAUCUCUACCGAUGGGAUCCAAUAUGGUGGAGAGAUUUAGCAGCUUGUCGGGAGUGAACAACUUUACAGGGAACGAAAUCACUGUCAAAAGAAUUGCGACAUUCCAAGUUCAAGACUUGGGUGUCCAAUCACCACAACAAGCAGGAACUGACCAAUCCAUUCGGUCCUUGAAGAGGAAGCACGAGGACGAGGACACAGAACAAGCCGCGAAGAUGCAGAAAAUCAACCAGUAUAGUCAUCUACCUCUGAACGCUUCAAAUCCAAAUAUAGUAUGUUCUCCGGGAGAAACGGGUCCCCAAAUGAAACCACACGUGAAAACACAAAUGAAUAGUCUUGUUCCAAUACAGCCAAGACCGUCAAAACCCCAGCAAAACUCUCCAUCAGAAUUCAAUCAUUUCAAGCCAGGUCAAAUGAUUACAUUCGUACAGAAUAGCAAAUUCGUUCCACAGAAAUUACAAGAGACACAGCCUAUUUUACAAAACACAGUCACCAUUCCGGGGCAACAGUUGAAAACCACGGUUACAAAUCAUCCCGUUGCUCCUCUGAUUUCAAAUUCUACAUCUUCACCAGUACCAGUGAGCAACACGAUGUCUUCAUGUCUGCAAACUCCACUUGUUGCAUGCACUGAACCUUUGGCUGCUCCAUCUUUCGCUGCUACUCCUCUCCAUACCACAGAGAAAACCGCCACCUCUACAGCCACAGAGGGUCGGUCUGAGGUCUUCCAGCCUUUCUCCUUCGUUGAUCCUACGUUCGGAUUAAUCCACGUUUCACAGGCACCACCAGAAAUGCUGUCUUUUUUAGGACUAACGAAACAACACCAUAGUAGUGACUCCGUUCUGCAAGUCAGCAAAGAUUUUCUCGAUAACAACGUGAACAGAUCCCAAUGUACUGUCAGAGAACAGGAAGUCAUUAACACAAAUGGUGGAGGAGAGAAAAUGUCUCCUGCGCAAAUUUACGAAAGCACUUCAUUUUUACAACAGCUGAACUGUUCCAUGGGUACAGAGCAGUGUUCCUCGGCCGUCUGUGAGGAGAAGUCCUACUCCAUAGACGCGUCCUUCCAGAGAGACCUGGAUGUUCUGUCUGUCGACUUCAGCUCGACCUCUGACUCCGACCUAUCCAGUGAUCACGACUCCAUUCUGGAUUCUUUCUAUCAGUCUCCCCCAAACAUUGCAGGGCAAUACAGCGAACAAGCCCAGAUCCACAGAAAACAGUUAUUCCCAGUGUGCUGAAACCAAUUCCAUAGUUAUCCCGUUUGCUAAAACAAACGACAUAGUUAUUUUUCGUGUGCUAAGACGGUUAUUUUCUUGUGUUACAUGUACGACCGUCAUUUCGUGUCAUAACACCAAUGUCAGAGUUAUUUCCUUUGUGCUGAGACCGUUAUUAUUCCAAUGAAAGAAUUAUUCAGAGUAUGCUUGAUUAAUUGUUGUCAUUCCCUGUAUUUUAGUUAUUUACCGUGUGUUUAGAUCAAUGUUACAGGUAUUGACCAUGUCAGUGGUAAGAUCAAUGUUACAGUUAUUUACCGGUAAGAUCAAUGUUACAGUUAUUUACCGGUAAGAUCAAUGUUACAGUUAUUUACCGUUAAGAUCAAUGUUACAGUUAUUUACUGGUAAGAUCAAUGUUACAGUUAUUUACCGUGUGGUAAGAUCAAUGUUACAUUUAUUUACCGGUAAGAUCAAUGUUACAGUUAUUUUCCAUGUGCAUUGACAGCUAUCAGUUAUUUACCGUACGCUUUCACUAUGCUAGAGUUAUCUCCCGUCUGCCUAGACCCAAUGUUGUUUUUACCAUACAUGUGCCUCGAUCAAUGUUACAAUUUUAGACCAAUGUCAGAGUUAUUUUCCAUGUAUUGAUGAACCAAUGGUUGUCCAAUAAAGAUAUAUUUAUUUGAUAUGCUAAGUGUUAUAAGAACUUUAGUACAGCCACUACAGAUCUGUAAAUGACACAAAUGAUGAACAAGGCGUACAUCUUUAAAAACAUUAAAAUAUUUCCUUGGGUGAUUUCAAAAACAAUGAAAAAAAUUCGCGUUUAGCGGGUUAUGUAAUUUUUUCUGCUAUACCUUCAUAACCCGCGUGAAUCUUCAAAGGAGAAAGCAUUUUCUUGUUUAUAUUUACAUAGCUAAUGAAUUGAUCAUAAAAAACUAAAUUAUUGUUU